AUGUCUCAGAAUAAUCAAGCUGAUCAACUCAUUCUCAACGCUUUAAAGAGAAAGUCGCCUUUUCGUGGUCGACCUCCGAAAGUGUAUGCUCCUAGUGCACAAUCACCAUCAACAUCCGGUCCUUCUCACCCUAUUGAGCCUUCUUCUAUCAACAGGACAGCUUCGGAGAUCCAGUCAGUUUCGGUUUCGGUGCCCUUAAAUCAUUCACAGCAGUUUCCCAAAUCGUCUCCUGGUCACAAGAUACCCCUGUCCACGGCUGAUUCCAUUGCAUCAGGAGAUACUCCUGCAUCGUCCAACGGUAUUGGUAUUGUGACACCAGAUUCGGUACCCUGGACAGAGCUGGUCAUGGCCUCCCCCUCCGCUUCAUUGUCUUCGGCCGUGCAAGCUUCAGCACCCAACUUAUCCGCUGCCGUUCCGAAAUGGUCUCCCUCUCAACCUCCGAAUCCCAUUUCGGUAGAAGAUGAGAUCAUCACUGCUAGGCAAGAGGCGGCCGGGCGCUUCCGAAUUGUCAAUAUCUCUUCCGAAUCAUACUCCGUACCACGUCCUGAGGCUCCACUCUUGGCACUCAAAGCUCCUCGCACCGACGCUAGUCUUGGGGUCAACAUACGUGCUUUGGAAACCUUCUGUCGUUUACCGAAUCCUGACCUGGUGGAUGAUGAUCGCUAUGAACAAUUCGAGGUGGCUUUUCAUCAUAUCCCGAAAGCGUUUGACUCUUUGCGUCAGGACUACCUCAUUGAGACCCAGCAUAUAUCCAAAUGUGUUCAAGUGGAAUGGUUGGAUCCCCCUGGUUUAUUACCCGCCGACAUCAGGGGAAGACAUGGCCUCUUCUUUGUCUCCGACAGUGCUGUCGCCGCAUACCCGAAUCGGACAAUCCAGCCAACUUUGAACAGUGUCCACCACCAUGUUGAGCCGAAAGCAAAGGAUGAAACACAAACAACAGCCGAAGCUCACCCUCCAACUGCUGCCAGUGCACGAUAUUCCUCAAGAGCACGUUUAAACAAUAUCCGAAAAGGGGUCUGUUGUCUGAUCCGCCCGAAAGCUGCAUAUCACGGUCAACCGAACCCGUUGACAUUACUUCGGAUUUCGCCACAUCUCCGAAACCUACUCCAUGAUGCUGCAACUCUGGUGGGAACGACUGAGUCACGUCUUCGGCUUCGGUGGUACAAUUCCUUCUGCAAGAUUCACCCCUAUGUCCUAUGGGUCAAGGCAAAUUAUCCCGAGCGUCUUCCUACCACCACUGACUUCCAAACUGCCAUCCGAACGGCUCUGCGGCAGGAAAGGCUGGAUCGGCUACCACUGGCGGCGAUAAGUAUCUUACAUGAGGCCAAUCCAAGCUCUUUCCUGCAUUGUGAAUAUCCUGAAGGCCUGGCACUCGGUGGCACUCAGCCAUUCCCAGCGGACUCUUCGUUCAUUGCAAUCAUCAGUCCGAAACAUGCAUUGCAAUCAGCAAUUCGGCAUGCCACAGAUCGGGGCCUCUUUCUUGAUUCGUCUUGGAGAAAUAAGAAUGCAAUACGCUGUCCCGUCACCUUGCUAGCCACAGUAAAUGAAUAUGGUCAUAUGGUCCCUGUAGCUGUCAUGGUCUCGAAUCACGCCAACACCGAUUCCUAUACCGAAUUCUUGAGCGUUAUCCGAAAGGCUAUCAAGAAAGAAGCGAAAGCAUUACUCAAGGGCAAAUCAUCAGUGGUCUCCGAAUAUGAGAAUGAAGAGCAAAUCCUCAUCAACGCCGAAUACAUUCACGAGGAGGAUUUCCUUCCACUACAUUUCAUGAUUGAUUGUGAUGACGCCGAACGAAAGGCCAUUGAGGAGGUCUUCCCGGGAACUCCAAUUCGGUUAUGCCAAUUCCAUUUCAUGCACGCCGCCCGAUCUCGAGCACUUCGGCUAUUUGGGAGUGAUCUGGUGGGUACCGAAAAGGCCUUUGCCUUCCUUGUGGCACUUCGGAGGUGCCAACGAUGUUCCGAAGAGGAGUCUUGGUCAGAAGCUUUUGCUCGACUAGAAGCCGAUGUUGCGGCAAUCAGCAAUAACGAUCCCGAAAUUUGGGACAAAAUCAGAACCUGGCUCCUGUCUGAAUGGUUCAGCGACAGAUGGAGGGGAUACCUUGUCGACUAUGGUCUGCCACCUCAUCACACCCGAGAUGGUACUCUCUCAACAAACAACUUUGUCGAAGCGGCAUUUCGGACCUUUGACAGAGUAUUCCUUGAAUCUCGAGCCAACAAACGUAUAGACAAACUCCUCACAAUCAUCAUCGACGUUUACUUUCCCAUGUAUCUCCAUUCACCACCAACAUCUGCCCGCUGUGACCCCACAGUUCUGUCACACAUACUUCAAGGACUGGAGCUUUGGGAGCAAGGGGCGGUUAGGGAAUGUUUCGGAGACGAGAUGCCUAUGUCAUUGAGAGGUCAACUAGAUCAUACAUAUUGUGUGACAUCCUCCGAAUCGAGCAAAACAACACCGGACUUACAUUACUGUGGGAUCAAAGACAAAACUCGUGAACGAUGCUCCUGCAGAUACUUUACCAAAACAGGCAAAAGGUGCUCGGGUCUCUGGGCAUUGUACUGCUUUCACACUUGUGGCUCCUCCGAAACGUAUUCUAAUGGUGUCACGGCAAACGAACUGCGACUGCAGACUCGAGCUAUACAACUACAAAGACGGUUGGGAGAGAUAUCUUAUCCAUUGGAUCAAGAAGACCUUGUUGCCUAUUGGGGACAUGACCCUUCGGAGCCUGUGUGGCAUGAUUGGUCCUCCGAGCAGCCUCCGAAACAGGGCAAGCUCAUCAGCAUUGAUAGUGCCAACCUUGAUUUUGUCGAGCCCGAUUCGCCCAUUACCCGCCGAAACCGAUUCCUCAACCAUGCUGACGACCAUCCCUCAACCACUGCCACGUUACCGGUUUCAAGACCAGAGGCUGAUAAGGGUGGCCGUCCAGCAGCUCACCGCCCUCUGCAUCCUUAUCGCCAAAAGACAGCCCCCACAAAAGCUGGCAUUCCUCGGGACGCACUACCACCACGAGAUCGACCUGUUGGAGCAAAGAAUUAUCUUCAAUCCUGUUUUGCUCUGUCGUUGUUCCAUAUUGUCUUCCGAAUUCCAGCCUUCGUGUCCGCAUUCAACGAAGCUAAUGACGCUCUCAGGCCUCACGCACCUUCUUUGAUUGUCUUACUAGGUGACUUUCUUAAAGCCAUUUCGGUAACUAGACGGCUGGUGGAUCUGAAGGACAUUGUACCGAUCCUCCGAAGUGAGAACUUGAUAGAUGAAGAAUCUCAGCAUGAUCCGUGUGAACUGUUUCUCAGAAUGACAAGCAAAUUCAAUCAGAUCAUUGAACAGAACCCGAUUCGGAACACAUUCCAAUUCGGAGUAACCUGGGAAUAUGUCUUUCAGCCCUGUUCCCACGCAGUCCCUGUCAGGCAAGAGACAUCCUCACUGGAGAAGCAAAUGACCGUUCUCCAAAUCUAUCCACAUGGCUCAUCACUUAACCUCAUCCAGCUCAUCAACCUUUCAUUGUGGCGUUCAUGCAGUCCCCAACAUUGCUUUUCGGUACCAUGUAAUGGACGAAUGGCCGUCACUCGAGCACGAGCCAAGAUGUCCUUGGAAUCCAACAACCUGCCCCGCAUGUUACUCCUCAACAUUGUCUGGGAUCUCCGAAACCCCUCUGCACACCAAGUGAUCCACCCUUUUGACAUUCCCGAAACUAUCAACCCAGCGCAGGUUUCGGCCGUACCUCCUCCUAUACUCCCCAGCAAUCUUCCAAUGUACAGAUUGAAGGGAAUGCUCUGCCGAAAGGGGGACACCGUGCAGGUGACCAGUGGACACUAUGUGGCUUUGAUAAAGCAUGAUGAUGUGCUGUGGGAGAUUGACGACGAAAAAACCUCUCGUAUGUUUCUGAACCGGGACGCUUUCGGUGGUACACGAUUCCCGGUCUUGCUGUUCUAUACACUGGAAGAUGAAGUCAAGCCAUCAGCAAGUCAACCCAUUGCCAAAAAGAGACGACUGAAUAAGCCAAGUGGGAAAGCAAUGUCAAAAUCGGCUUCGAAUCCUGAAAUACCAAAAGCUGAAGGCCCAACACUGGAAGCACCAAACCCCCAACCUCCCGUUUCGGACGCCAUACCAGCUAAUUCUUCAAAUUCGGAGCUGCCAACUUCGGCCCCGCCAACGCUUGAACCUCCGAAUUCGGGAGAUCCGAAAGUUCCUCCUCCAAACCCAACGGAACAAGAACCUGCCCCAGUUGAUGUCCAGUCCACAAGCUUGGCGCCCACCAGUACCCCUACAGACCCCACCGCUUCUCAGCCCAAUGUUCUUCCCACAGUUUCUCAGGGUACCAUCCCUCCGAUGUCUCACCCAACCAGGAGGGCGCAGACGUCGAAAGGGGUUACCCCUACAGACCCCACCGCUUCUCAGCCCAAUGUUCUUCCCACAGUUUCUCAGGGUACCAUCCCUCCGAAGCCUACACAUAUUUCUCCACCUGGUGAUGAACCUCCCGAAAGCGGGCCUUCCUCGAGCAACAUGCUGUGCCAAACCAACACACCCCAGGGUGAAUCGGCUCCCCCCGAUCAAGCUAUCAGUCUCAAUCCCACUGUAGCUUCUCAAGACAUUACAGCAGAACCAGAUUCCCCAUCAUCAUCCAUGGACAUUGAUCCUCCAAGUGUCGUUCCCACUGUUGAACGCUCUCCCUCACCCGAGGUUCCGCAGUACUGUCAACUAGAAAAGGCUCAGUCAGUCAUUGCCGAAAGACUAGCACAAGUUCAGUGGCGUUCGGGGGAAUCCUUUCAACCUCUCAUCUCCGUCAGCACAUUUCAAGAUGUUGAUAGCCUUUCGGACGAUCUCCUUGAGGACCUGUGCGACCAGAUGGAAGCUAUGUUUCAUGACAUGGCCGAAGAUGAGCAUAAGGGCUUGAAGCUGCAGGGUGUAGACUCCACAUUCGGGUCAAAAACGUUGCGUAAGUUCUACGGAAGGAAUGAGUGGUACACCAAUUUCGGAAUCGAUGAUAUCUUGCUUUCGGUGUCAGCUUUCAUCCGAAAUUGUGUGAAUCUGGGGAUUGGAAUGUCUGACCCCAUACCAAACUCGUUUGUUUACCGAACCCUAGCUGCUGGUGACAACUGGAACCCAUACAUACCUGGAGGUACGCCAUGGCCUUCUCUGGGCAAGGACGGGCAAUGGAGGAAAGAGAACACAGUUGGGGUUCUGAUGUCGAGCUCCCAUUUUGAGACACUGGUAAUCUUUGGGCCACAGAAGCUGGUGUUGAUGUAUGAUGGGGCAGGGGGGACUUAUGAUUCGGGAGAACAGAAGAAGCAAUGGUCACGCCUGCUAGAACGCCGUUUGUCCUGGGAAGUCAGAAAAGGCAUAGCAACAGAGGCUGAAGCUAUGGGUUGGUUGAUUGCUCCAAAUUCUCAGGCUACCAGGGAUAACCUGGACUGGGUUACACAAGUGGACUCACACAGCUGUGGUCCUCUAGCAUGUGCCGCUGCAUGUCUUCUUCUCCAGGGAAUCAGACCGACUGCUUCUGUGCUUGGGGUGAAAUCAUCAACUCUGGCUAGAGGUGAGAGUAGAAAACUACGAACAAGUGUGCUUCAACUGGUGCUUGCAAUGGCUGCACGGGAUCCAGCAAAUGAGUCUAUAUUCAGUCCGAAAGUGAAAAAAUUGAUGGACAAGUCUGUACCUUCCAUGACUUACUACAUAGAUCGCCUGUAG